AUGGCCACGUCACAACAGGCGUCUGCAUCGUCGGCCGCUGGCGGUGACGGCGACGGACCGGCAUCAGCAGCUCCCGCGACCACCGCUUCAUCCUCGUCGAAUAUCUCUGCGACGGCACAACCCAAGUCCGGUUUGCCCUCGGUCGAUGCGACAACUGCCACGCCCACGACGCGCGAUAAGGACGCACUCAACAAGGUUGUUGUGGAGCGCUACCAAACCCGGGAUUGGAUUCAUUCCGCCGCGCUGAAGGAGGCCCAGAUCCGGCUCGAGAAUGACACCAAGGACAUGCUCGCGCGAGCGAGCGACUAUCGGCAAUACCGCGACUUCUAUGCUGGCUUCCCUGCCAGGCUUUACGGCGAGGGCUAUCGUGGCUUCGGCAACGGUUAUACGGAGAAUGGCACGACAACAAGAAUCGUAUACCCCUCACAAAAGCCACGGCCUGGCAAGAGAACUACGCCGGCUCUCAAGUUCGCCAAGAAGGACAUGAAGCAGCAGGCCGAGCAGCACGAGGAGCUAGUGCCCGUCCGGAUCGACCUGGACUGGGACAAGAUCAAGUUGCGCGACACCUUCACAUUCAACCUCCACGAGCGCCUUGUGUCCGUCGAGCUAUUUGCCGCGCAGCUACUGGAGGACAUGGGGCUGAACCCCGCGGCCGACAAACCCGUUUACGACCAGGUGGUGCAACAAAUACACGAACAGCUGAACGAUUUCUACCCGUUUCCUUACACGGAGGAGGACGCCCUGGACCCAGAACUCCCGUAUUCAGCGUACAAAAAUGACGAGAUGCGCAUCUUGGUCAAGCUUAACAUCACGAUCGGACCACACACCCUUGUCGACCAAUUUGAAUGGGAUAUCAACAACCCCAUGAACUCACCGGAGGAUUUUGCCGCUAGCAUGGCGCGUGACCUGUCUCUGUCGGGCGAGUUCACCACGGCCAUCGCCCACUGCAUACGCGAGCAGACACAACUAUUCACGCGUAGCUUGUAUAGCGUAGGCCAUCCCUUCGAUGGGCGCCCGAUCGAGGACGCCGACCUUGUGUCGGCCUUCCUUCCCACACCCUUGCCUUCCGUUUUCCGACCGCAUCAGCAAGCGAAAGAGUACGCACCGUUUCUAUACGAGAACUCGGAGGCCGAUCUGGAGAGGACAGAGACCAUGUUCUCUCGGGAACAGAGGAGGCAGAAGCGGUCGAUCAACCGGCGUGGUGGUCCCCAGCUUCCGGAUCUCAAGGAAAGGCAACGGACUAUCCGGACGGCCAUUGUGUCCUCUGUUCUGCCGGGCGCUGUUCUCCACGUGGACGAGAGCCGUCUCUACAAGCGGGCCGCGGGCGGUGGUGGCUUAACGGGCAGAAGUAAGAGGGCUGCCCGCGACGGCGACCUGUCGGACUCGGAGGAUAGCGACGACUCGAUGCCCGACUCGCCCGCCGUCUCUCAGCUCCAGGGAACUGCCAGGACAAGAGGGAUGCGCGGUGCCGCCAGUGCAGCCGCCCAACGCAUGGCCAACCUCGGACGGUCCGAAACCCCCGAAGCGAUCAUCCACCACCACGAGACCCGCGUAUCCCGCCGCCUCGGCCGCGAAGCCACGCGCGAACAAACCGAGGAGCCACAACAGCACAUCGUGACCCUCCGAGUCAACCCAACUAGGCUUCGGAAACUCAUGCGCGACCUCCGGGCCCGGCAGAGCAACACACCACACGCGGGGACGCCGAUUCUGGCACACCAGCGAGCCCCCAACGCGGCCGCCGCGGGGUCUAUGGGACCCCCAUCCACCCCGUCCGCGACCACUCAGAAUCUCCCUCAGAGGGUCAACAACAACCCUCCCGUUGUCCCCCUUCAGAACCAGCUCGGCCGAGUGCCUGCACCACCACCGGGGCCCGGCGGAAAUGCUCCCAACCAACCUGCACCCCCCCCACCCGAAUGGCUCGUCACAGCCCUCGAAACCCUCCACGACUCCUACCCCUCCGACGCCUUCGAAGCCACCAUGCGCUACUGCGCCCAACACGCCGACACCGGCGCCCCCAUCAACCUGCCCAUCCCCUUACCCGCCGGCGCCGACCCGUCCCAGCCGCCUCCACCCCCGGCCCAUGUCCAGUUUGCCUGGCUGCCGCGCAUUCGCUGCCGCGACUGUCCUGGGAAAUCGUAUACUGCCGGGCCGGAGACAACGGUGCAGAAUUUUGAGGUGCAUUUGAAGAAUCGCAUUCAUCGGGAACGGGUUAUGGCGAGGUUGGCGAAGACGGUCAGGUCGCUUUCAGUCCAUGUGCAGUGA